GUUCAAAACAAUUUCUAAAUAAUUGAGCUAUUCGUUACUUUUUGAACAGCAUUUGCAUCUAUAAAAACCCUACACCAAAAAGUACCAUCAACAAAAUAUCUCAUUAGGUACAAAAAUUAAAGAGAAAACAUCAAACCAAAACAACAAUGAGCAGACGUGCGAGUUCUGGAGGUGGACAGAGUUCCUUAGGCUACCUCUUCGGUUCCGAUGAUAAGAAUCCGAACAAUACCACAUCAUCUCCACCGCAACCGCCGGCGACGGCUAAACCGGUCGUUUAUUCACCACCGUACGGAAUCGACACCGGCGAGGAGGAGGAAGUUAGUACUACUGCGAAGCCUCCGCGCAACCCUUCUUCGCCUUUUCACAACCGAAGCCCAUCUAACACUAUCUCCAGUCGGCCUUCUACCAAGGUUAAAUCAGUUCCAGGUGGAGAUUCGAGUCUUGGGUACCUGUUUGGAGAGAAGUCCUGAAUAUAAAAUACAGCCCUGAUCUUCUCUCUUCCAUAUACUCCAUUUGUCCCAAAAGAAAAAAAUAUAGUUCAUAUCGAUUUUUGAACUUUGUACUAAACUUAGUACAAAUGUUGAAACUCACUAUGAACUUUUUUUUAGGACAGAGAUAGUAGUUUAUUUGUGAAGCCUUGCGUUUUGUACCAUGUCAAUGUUCGUGUGAUUUGUAUCGUAUUUCGGAAUUGUUAUGUUUGUGAUUUCGUAUUUGUAGUACCUACAACGUGAAAUUUAUUGGAUUUAGCAGCGGUUUUGUUGUUCGUAUUUGUCAAAUUAUAAAUUUGUCUUUAAAUGAUUGACAUUUUAAUUCGCCAAGAGAAUAAUUAUCUUUUACUUAAUUUAUAUUUGUCCAUUUUGUUAUAGAUUGUAUACUAAACCUUUCAUGUGCAUUCUUUCAUAACAACGUCAACGUUUUUAGUCGAAGAAGAUUCCAGAGGCUCUGUUAAGCUUCCGUUUCCAAUCCUAAACCUUUGGAAUUUCCCAAGUGAUUGGGGUAUAGAGUCUCUCUCCCUAAAGCAUUUCUCUCGAAUGCUUAGAUUGACUAUUACUAAAUGUGUGGUUAGUUUUCAACCGAUAAUGUUUUUAGUUAGUAGCUACUUUUCGACCAAAAUUAUCAAUCAUAUCAAUCUAAAUAUUUUACUGCUAGUUCGGUUAGGUUUUAGUUUGUGAAAUAAAACAAAAAACUGAAAAGUUACGACCCGAACUUAAUUCAAUUAAUCUGGAACAAACUAAAAGGUAUUAAGAAAUUAAAAGAAUAUGAACCUUGAUAAAUUUUUAUGAAAAGUUACGUUGGUGAUUUGGAACUUCAUUCUUGUAAGUUUUGAUCCGUAUUCUUCCAAUUCCUAAUGUUUACCUAUAAAUUGUACUAUUACAGGUUUUUGGUAACCUUUUUUGCAUUCUUAAAUUCUUAAGAAUAAGGAAUAAUUGCAAAGUUACUUGUUCUUGUGCUUCUUCUCGUAUCUUAGAGACAAAUCACCAAUCAAACAUGAUUUUGUAAAGUAGUAGGAUAAAUAUUAUCUUAAAAUAGUGAUUACAUGCUUAAAACACAUAUAACCACUGUGGUAUUUUCCCAAUAUUAUCUUUAAAUAUUUUUUCUCAUAAACUCAUCUAUGCUUUGUUUUGUUCUUGUCAUAUUCUUGUAUGAUUUCUCCAACUACAGAUACUUUGUAUACUUCAAUCUUAAGAAAAUGUUAUAGCCUUGAAAUUAAUAUAAGUAUUUAACAAUACAAACAUCAAAAGCAGUGAAAAGUAAUAAAGAUGAAAUCUUACAAUAUGAAGAUUUUUGGAUGUGUUCAAGUGGUUUUCUCUACGGUUUAGUUCCGUAGUCAAAUUCUAAAGAUAGAUCUUAAAGAUCUGAAGAAUACACAAGCGAGUAUGCAGCAAAUAAGGUUCUUUGUGUUAAAUAUUU